UGCAAGUUCUAAAAAAUGCAAUUAUACUUAGCUAGCUACUUAUCUUCAACCUAGCCUGAAUAUAUGUAUGUAUCGUGUCUGCCUCCAUCACGAUCAGUCACUUGUGAGCCUGAUGCCGUGAGCCACACAUAGCUAAUGUGCUUAUAGGUGUAACAUUAGCUAGCUAUUUGUUUACUUGUUUGUUUUGCCAUUGCAUAGUUAUCUAACAGUUGCGCUAACGAACCAGCUAGCAAGCUAGUAGCUAGCUAUUUAUGCUACCAGCUACAGCUGGCUAGCUGUACAGACAAACCUGUCUUUUGACAUGGCUUUCCCUGACUCGAUAGCUGUCCAUGAUGCGUUCAUCCUCCUCUGCAGCUUCUUUGCAUUGUGCCUCAAGUUUGGGUUUGCGUUUGUGGAGGCAGGCAAGACAGAUCCAAAGAACGUCUCCAAUGUCAUCUUUAAAAAUGUAGCAGACACAUUUGUCACCUUGCUGGCUUUCUUUCUCCAUGGCUAUGCGUUUGCCUUUGGGGAGCACAACGCUGUUAUCGGAACCCAAUUCUUCCUCACACUGAACAAGACAAACAUGGUCAACUUCUUCUUCAACUAUGUUCGCUGUGCUGUGGCCACUACUCUGGCACUAGGGGCCGCCAACGAGAGGACAGAACCCAUCGGCUACCUCAUAUCCGCAUAUGUUUUCUCAGGAAUAAUCUACCCUCUGGCUUGUCAUUGGGUCUGGGACCAGCAAGGCAUCUUCAGUCCAACCUCCACCUCCUACCCAUCACAGGACUAUGCAGGCAGCGGUGUGAUCUUCUUGCUGAGUGGUGCAGUGGCAGCUGUCUCACUGCGGGUUAUAGGAUCACGGGCUGGACGCUGGAGUCCCCAUUUCAAACGGACAGAGCACAGCCAGCCUAUGGUGGUGCUGGGAGGAUGCCUUCAAAUGCUGGGGUUCUUGGGCCUGGUGAUGGGCACUCACCCCCAUGUGUUGGAUGCUGAGGAGGGCCUGCUGCUGGGGCUGGGCACUGUAAACCUGCUGCAUGCCGCUACAAGCGGAGGACUCUACGGACUAAUGAUCCAACGCAUCGAUAAGAACUACUAUGAUCUCGACAGCAUGCUCUCUGGGGCCAUUGCUGGCAUGGUGGCAGUGUGUGCAGGAGUAGAUACCUACAUGCCUGGUGUGGCAGUCAUGUGUGGGGCCACUGGAUCUCUCCUAUUUAUCGGCUUUCGGCGCUUCCUCUGUGCUGUGAAUGUGGAUGACCCCCUUAACAUCGUCUCUGGAUACUUAAUUCCAGGGGCCUGGGGCUUGAUGCUUGCUGGUUUGUUCUCUGAUCAUGGGGCUCUUGGAGGACAUAUCCAGGUGUUGGGGAACAAUUGCAUUGUGGCACUGGUGUUAUUCUUCUGGGCAGUGGCUAUGAUGUACCCUCUUCUCUCCAUACUCAUGUGUUUUGGAGUGCUGCGUGUACCCCGCUUCAUGGAGAAACAAGGAAUAGACAAAAUCAGACACACACUAAGACACCCUCACGGCACCAGGAAGUCGCUGAACUAAACCCAGACAGAAACAUCAAUCCAGAACUUCAGAGGCAAUGAAGUUCAAACCUGGGGAUAAUUUUACAAUGUUUUUUUCCUAAACAAUUUAUUAAAUGCAUAACUAAAACAUUUGUUAGCAAGCA